GCAGGAAGGUUUAAUCGACUCCACACAGUGGAUAUGAGUUACAAGCAUGGACAACGUGGUUGUGUUACUCUCUCUGUGCUUCACAGCUGUCCUGUCUCUCAAUGGCGAGGAGAAGCUCCUGACUGAUCUGAUGAAGGAUUAUAACAAGAACUUGCGUCCAGCAGAAAAAGAUGGUGACAUUAUAAGUGUCAGCAUAAAACUUACCCUUACCAAUCUCAUCUCCCUGAAUGAGAAAAAAGAGGCCUUAACCACCAACGUCUGGGUUGAAAUGCAAUGGAAAGAUUAUCGCCUGAGCUGGAAUCCCAAGGAAUACAGUGGCAUUGAAACCACACGCAUCCCCUCCACCAUGGUGUGGCUCCCAGAUGUCGGCCUAGAAAACAAUGUCGAUGGCAUCUUUAACAUUGCCCUAUAUGCCAACACAUUAGUGUCUUCAGACGGGUCCAUUUACUGGCUGCCUCCUGCAAUCUAUCAAAGCAGCUGCCCCAUUGUGGUCACAUAUUUUCCUUUUGAUUGGCAGAACUGCUCCAUGGUAUUUCAGUCACAAACGUAUAAUGCCAAUGAGAUUGAGUUACUGCUGACAGUCGAUGAUGGGAAGACAAUAGAGUGGAUUGACAUAGACCCAGAAGCAUUCACAGAGAAUGGGGAAUGGGCGAUAAAACACAUACCAGCUAAGAAGAUUAUUGAUCCUCGACUGUCUGCCGAUAACAUCAAUUAUCAGGCGAUCGUCUUCUAUCUCAUCAUUCAGAGGAAGCCUCUCUUCUACAUCAUCAACAUCAUUGUUCCGUGUGUGCUUAUCUCAUUCGUCAGUGUGCUGGUUUACUUCCUACCUGCCAAAGCUGGAGGUCAGAAGUGCACAGUGUCCAUCAACAUCCUGCUGGCUCAGACUGUCUUCCUCUUCCUGAUUGCUAAAAAGAUCCCAGAAACCUCCACAGCUGUGCCCCUGAUUGUAAAGUAUUUGACAUUUCUCAUAGUGGUCACAAUUACCAUUGUGAUGAAUGCUGUCAUUGUUUUAAAUGUGUCUCUCCGUACCCCAAACACCCACAGGAUGUCAAACACUGUCAGAGAGCUCUUCUUGAGGAAGGUCCCACGGCUACUUAGAAUGCAUCUCCGCCACAGUGAUGUUGCUCCUGCGCCGGCUCCACUCACACGUCGCAGCAGUUCUUUAGGGUUGAUCAUAAAAGCGGAUGAGUACAUGAUGAGGAAACCCCGAAGUGAACUCAUGUUUGAGAAACAGAAAGAGAGAGACGGCCUCAUGAAGAUUGUGCUAGACAAAAUAGGCAGAGAAAUGGGAAAUGGCACUGCACAAGAUCUCAUCCAUAGUCUGAGCCAAGCUGCCCCAGAGAUACGAACCAGCGUAGAAGCCUGUAACCACAUCGCAAGAGCUAUGAGGGAUAAAAACCAGUUCAAAAGUGAGAAUGAGGAGUGGAUUUUGGUUGGUCGAGUAAUAGACCGAGUCUGUUUCUUGAUCAUGUUCUCUCUUUUCAUUUUUGGGUCCCUUGGAACCUUCCUGGCAGGCCACUAUAACCAAGCACCAGCACAGCCUUUUCCUGGAGAUCCUAAACUCUACCUACCACAGUCCAAAGGGUCUACCUGAUUGGGUUACUGUACAAUACCUGCCCUUGAGCCUUUCAAUGUGUCUACCUCUAUCACUAGUAGUUAAAGAUCGUGUGAGCCUUUUGUCCUGGUUUUGGGCAGGUUCCCAAUAUUCUUCAAACUAAUAAGUUAAGAAAUAUCUUGCACAUUGAUAGUAAUUAAUGUGUAAGAGACACAACAUGCCUGAAGAGAACGAGUUCAGACCUUAGUGUUGAUAGGUCACCCUUUGGCUUGUGCAUACAGGAGGAAUGUAGAACACCUGACUUGGAGUAUUUUUUCUUAUGUAUUUCAGAUUUUUUAGGGCUCAGUGCCAUAUUUGCGUUUAGACUGGUAGAAAGUGGUUUAAAAAAUGGAACAGAAACUUAAUCACUCUGCCGCCUUUUCUUUGAGGUGGUGGCUCUUGAUAAUGCAGUUGUCUAGGAAUGCAAUAUACUGGUAUAUAGGGGAUAUAGGGCCUAAUUCAUGUUUGUACGCAAUGGCUGACGUUCACACAACGGAGCGAUUAUCAGCAGACUGUGCAUGUGCCACUGUGAUUUAGCUCGCAAUGACAGUUUCACUGAGGAGUGAAUGACCGGAAGGCGGUGUUUACAGGGAAUGUUUGGAAAAAUGCCCUGCAUGUCAUGGACAUUUUCAGUCGUGUGUCUGCCAUCAGCUACAAGCUCAUACGCGUAAAAACCUGGCGCCUGCAUGACCGCUACUUCCAUGUCCAGUCUGCAACCCCUUAAACCCGAUGUUACUCGUUUUUGCAUAUAGGCCGCGAAAGUGUAUGCAAUCGGGAAUUUGAUUGCGAUGACUCCCGUGGAAAGCUCUUUGCUAACAUUAGCAGCAUCAUAGGCUAGAAAAUCACAGGACAAACAUGAACUAGGCCCAUCAUCCAGACAGAUAGCAGCACAUGAAAAUUAGAUCUAAUACUGUAUGUUUCACAUGAUUGUUGUAGUGUGCUCAUAUAAAUGCACAACAAGCAAACGGUAUGUGAGCUCUGUUCUGGUAUCUCAUGUAUUCUUACCCAUGUACUUUGAAUAAUAUUUAUGAACAUGUGUUAAGAAAGGAUUAUUGCAUUCAAUAUAAUGUAUCUUUUUCACAUAUUGCUCAUAUUGGGAGUUAUUCAGGUUUGUUAGCAACCCAAAAAA